AUGGCAGGACAGAAGCGUACACGUAGCAACGACGCUGGAGGACCGAGCAAGCGCGGUGGUGGAUCGGCCACGGUGUACCGCAAGUCGGCCAAGAAGCAGCGAUCGGAUUCGCAGGACUCGCCCAAGCCGGUCAAGAAGGCGGUACCGCAGCGCACACGCCCCAAGGACCAGCCCAAGCCCAAGACGAAGCACGAGUUCAUCCAGGCCAAGAAGGCAGCAGCUGCCAAGGAGAAGUCGGAAGCCGAUGCGGCCCGUCGUGCCGAAGAGGCCGCGGAGAAGAAGCUGCGCGCCAAGCAGAAGCCGACCAAGGGCAAGGCGUCCAACGGCACCUCGCCACCUGCAAGCAUCCUGAUCAAGCCUCCGCAGCCUACAUCGACGUUCAAGAUCGUAGCGGGAUCGUAUGAGCGCCUGCUGUACGGUCUGGAGGCGACGGUUGGACCUGCUGAUGCGUCUUCGUCGGCGUCGGCGGCUGCACCGUUCAGGGUAUCGCUCAAGCCGAUUUUCACGUUCCCGGCGCACAUUUCUUCGAUUCGAACCGUGGCUACUGCGGGAGCGGAUUCCAAGUGGCUGGCGACGGGAGGUACGGAUGAGGUGGUCAAGGUGUGGGAUCUGCGCAAGCAGCGCGAAGUGGGUCAGCUCACGGGACACGAGGGAACGAUCACAUCGCUGGUGUUCGCCUCGCGCACCUAUCUGCUCACGACGAGUGCCGACUCGAAUAUCAACCUGUACCGCACGCGCGACUGGGCACUGCUGCGUACGCUCAAGGGCCACAUUGGACGCAUCAACAGCGCGGCACCGCAUCCGACGGGACGACUGGCGCUGAGUGUGGGCUCGGACCGAACGAUUCGAAUGUGGGACCUCAUGCGUGGGCAGGCGGCCGCAUCGACGCGCAUCGGCAUCGAGGCGGACGUGGUAAGAUGGGACACAACGGGCGCGAGGUUCGCAGUGCUCGCCUACCGCCAGGCCAUGAUCUUUGGAACGGACAUGACCAAGAUCGCUGAACUCGAGGAGACGCGUCGCAUUGGCGAUCUGUGCUUCUUGCGUGUUAAGGACGAAGACGGAAAGGAGCACGAGCUCUUGCUGGCCGGACUCGAGGAUGGCAUUGUCAAGGUGUUCGAUCUGGACGCCCAGGUGGAGCAGCCGGCGAAGGAGGCCAAGGCUGCCAAGGAGGCCGACAGCGAUGCCGAGGAGAGCGAUGAUGGCGAAGAGGAGGAGGAGGAGUUGGCGCCACUGGUGGAGGUGGGCCGACUGGUGGGACACAAAAACCGCGUUCGAUCGAUCGCCGUUCUUCCGGUCAAGGUGAGCGAGGGCGCGCGUUCGUACGUGGCGGUGACGAUCUCGUCCGACGGCUUCAUCCGCACAUUCGACCUCAGCUCGAUCGUCAACAAGCUCAGUGGGGACAGGCGACCACUGGAGGCGUACGCGGGCGAGGUGGUGUCGGUGGAAAGAGUGGCCGAGUACGACACCAAGGGCACUCGUCUGACGUGCCUGACCGCCGUCGGUGUUGCGGGCGGUGCGAGCGCAGACGCCGAGGAAGAAGAGGCAGAGGAGGAGGUGAUCGGUAGCGAUGAUGACGAGGCUGAGGAGAGCGACGAGGUGGACGAGCAGGCCGAGGACGACGAGCUCAAGGCGCUCGAACGUGCGCUCAAGGAUGCGCAGGCCCAGGGACUCGAUCUGGAGGACCUCGAGGCGUUGCUCGAUGGGGAGGACGAGGAUGACGAUGAGGCGGACGAGGACGAUGAAGAUGUCAGCAUCGAAGAUGACGAGGACGAGGCGGAAGUUGAGGACGAGGACGAAGGCGAGCUCGAGUAG